AUGUCGAAAGAAAAGGAAGGUUAUGCUUUGGACACACAAGCCGAUGAAUCAGUCUCUUUUGAUACUAUCACGGUCCUCGUUGCAGAAGAUCAUGGCCAUGACAUUAAGCUCCGAACUAUGUCCUGGCACAAGACUGCUUGUCUGCUUGCGGGUGAACAGGUUUGCUUGGCCAUCAUGGCUCAGUCCUGGUCUCUUUCUGUUCUGGGCUGGGUCCCCGGUAUCAUCACCAUGGUUCUGUGCUGCAUUCUGUUCUGGUUUACUUCCAUCACAAUGCAUAAGUACAUCAUGAAGUAUCCCCAGAUCAAAGAUAUCUGUGACUUUGGAUACUAUAUUUUCGGGCGAAGCAAAGCUGCCUAUGUGUUUUCGGGUUUCAUGCUUCUUGCAAACAACAUUAUGCUCAUUGGAUUCCAUAUCCUAACCGGCGCAAAAGUAUUGAAUACGCUUUCUGAUCAUUCAAUGUGCACGGCUGUAUUCUCGGUGAUUGUUUCCAUCAUGGGAAUCAUCAUGUCUAUGCCUCGGACACUGCAUCAUGUCAGCUUCAUGUCCAUGUUCUCAUGCAAGUACCAAAUUCAUCAAACCCAAUCCCCUUACUAA